CCAUAGAAAUGGAAGGCGGGAACGUACACACCACACACCACACACGCACGACCGCCGUCCAGCCGGCCGGCCGGAGUUUCAACGGGCAAAUAUUCUCUCUCUCCCUGUCACAAUCACGAGUAAUUGUUUAUGCUUGGCACACUGUUACAAUCGUGCCGGCCUCACUCCUUCUGCCAGAAUGCUGAACAAUGGUAGUAGUAAGCAUGAGAAACAGCAUGUUACGCCACCGCCUUCUGCUAGAACUGUUGGCAGCGGAGGUGCUCCCUCCGUUCGCUCUAAAACACCGUCUUCUUCCGCUUCCAGACGUUCUGUUACCCCCAAUUCUCGUUCUCACACUCGGCAGAGCGACGACGACGCAGAACCUGGAAGAGUGAGAGUUGCUAUUAGACUACGACCAAAAAACACAGAGGAUCUUUCAGAUGCUGAUUUUUUCGACUGUGUAGAACUUCAACCUGAGCUUAUGAAACUGAAGUUGAAGAAAAACAAUUGGAGUUCCGACUCUUACAGAUUCGAUGAAGUAUUUACAGAAUCUGCUUCUCAAAAGCGUGUCUAUGAGGCAGUAGCAAAACCUGUAGUUGAGGGUGUGUUGAAUGGGUAUAAUGGAACAAUUAUGGCGUAUGGUCAAACAGGAACUGGCAAAACUUAUACACUUGGCAAAUUGGGAAAGGAUGAUGCAUCUGAGAGAGGAAUUAUGGUUAGGGCUUUGGAGGACAUCAUUGCUAGUGCAUCUCCAGCAUCUGAUAGUGUGGAAAUGUCCUAUCUACAGAUCUAUAUGGAAAGUGUUCAAGAUUUACUUGCUCCAGAAAAAGUCAACAUUCCAAUUGUUGAUGAUCCAAAAAACGGGGAAGUCUCAGUGCCUGGUGCAGCAGUUGUCAAGAUUCAAAAUCUUGACCAUUUUUUGCAUUUACUACAAAUUGGAGAAGCAAAUCGGCAUGCAGCAAACACAAGAAUGAACACUGAAUCUUCUCGUAGCCAUGCAAUUCUUAUGGUAUCUGUUAGAAGAUCUGUUAUUGAUAAAGAAGAAAACGACACAUCUUUUCAAGGGAAAGAUGAUACAAGUGUGUUAGUUGGUGGCCAUGUGAUACCAACUGUUCGAAAAAGCAAGCUGCUUAUAGUUGAUCUUGCAGGUUCUGAACGCCUGGACAAAUCUGGGAGUGAAGGUCACUUGGUUGAAGAGACAAAAUUUAUAAAUCUUUCUCUUAGUUCCCUUGGAAAAUGUAUAAAUGCAUUGGCUGAAAAUAGCCCUCAUAUACCAACAAGAGAUUCUAAGCUAACAAGAUUGCUUCGUGACUCUUUUGGAGGCUCUGCAAGAACAUCUCUAAUAGUAACAAUUGGGCCAUCUUCUAGAUACCAUACAGAAACUGCAAGCACCAUAAUGUUUGGGCAAAGGGCCAUGAAAGUAGUAAACUAUGUAAAGUUAAAAGAAGAGUUUGAUUAUGAAAGUUUGUGUCAUAAACUUGAGAAUCAAAUUGAUAUACUCACAAAGGAGGUGGACAGACAACAAAAAUCCAAAGCAGACAACACAUUAAGAUUGGAGAAUAAUCUUAAAGAGUGCCAAAAUAGCUUUGAGGAAGCUCAAAAGUCAUUAAUUGCAAGGUGUGAGGUGUUAGAGAAGGAUAAAUCUCAACUGGAAUUAGAAAUGAAAGAUGUUUUAAAGGAAUUGAAUUUUCAAAAAGAUCAGAAUGAGAUAGUUUGUAAAGAAGUUGAGCGUCUAGAAAGAAGCUUGAAGCAUUGCGAGAAAUAUGAGGUUGAAACAUCAACAUACCAGAAAGUACUUGCAGACACAACACAAAUGUAUGAGAAGAAAAUAUCCGAAUUAAUGUCACAGUUAGAUGAUGAACGAGAAAGGUCAAACAACAUUGACCAACAGUUAAAUUCAAUGAAAAAUCUACUAAGUGGUCAUGAAAAGUCAAUGGAGCAAUAUGAGAUUGAAUGUUCUACAUACCAAAAGGCACUUGCAGAAACCACUCAGAUGUAUGAGAAAAGAAUUAUGGAGCUGGUUAUACAAGUGGAGGAUGAACAUGAAAGAUAUGUUGGUUUGGAAGAUGACAUGAUUUCAUUAAAGAAAGCUUCAAGUGAUCAUCAUAGUUCACUACAAGAGAUUGACACUCUCAGAAAGGAACUACAAGAAAUGUCUCAGCUUCAUGAAGCAGCUCUUGAUGAACUUGAGUUAGUGAAAACAGAAUAUAAAAGUUUAUCAUCAGAGAAGGAUAAAUUAAGCAAUGAACUUUUCACUGUAAGAGAAGCCCUUUCACUUGAGGAGAAACGAAGGAAGGCAGUUGAAAAAGAGCUAAGUAGUAUAAAAAAUGCAGUACCCGAAAGCGAGGAUGACUUUGAGGACAAGAGACCUUCCAUGAAAGAAAAUAUUGCACGAGGAUCAACAAAUGGGGCCCCCUUGGGUCUACACAAUUCAAACAAAUCAAGAGAAUCAAAUUCUUUUCAGCGUACCACUAUAGCUAAGAUAUGUGAAGAAGUUGGGCUUCAAAAGAUAUUGGCACUAUUGCAAUCUGCUGAUUUAGAUGUCCAAACACACGCAGUGAAAGUGGUGGCAAAUCUUGCUGCUGAAGAUAUAAAUCAGGAAAAAAUUGUACAAGAAGGUGGUCUAGAUGCACUGCUGAUUCUAUUAAGAACCUCCCAGAAUACAACGCUACUUAGGGUUGCUUCUGGAGCCAUUGCAAAUCUUGCAAUGAAUGAACUGAAUCAAGGAUUAAUUAUGGGUAAAGGAGGUGCUGCUUUACUAGCACAUACAUCAUCAAAAACAGAUGAUCCUCAAACUCUCAGAAUGGUAGCUGGAGCAAUUGCAAAUUUAUGUGGAAAUGAAAAGUUACAUUUACUGCUGAUUGAACAAGGAGGUGUUAGAGCACUUUUGGGGAUGGUUAGAUCUGGAAAUAAUGAUGUCAUCGCUCAGGUGGCUCGGGGAUUAGCAAAUUUUGCUAAAUGUGAAACUCGAGCAAUAACUCAAGGACACAAGGAAGGUCGUUCUCUUUUAAUGGAUGAUGGUGUCCUUUCAUGGUUGCUUGCAAACUCAAAUACUUCCUCAAUAUCAACCCGCCGUCACAUUGAACUUGCUCUUUGUCAUUUAGCACAAAAUGAGGAUAAUACUAGGGAUUUUGUGACAAGUGGAGGAGUUAAACAACUUGCCAGAAUUUCGGUGGAAUCGAGUAGAGAUGAUAUUCGUAGCUUGGCAAAGAAGAUAUUGAGAUUGAAUCGCGCAUUUCAAGCAGAGGUGCAACACGGAUAGUGCAAGGUUAAUUUAGUCAUUCUGAUGAAAUAAUGUACAUUAACAAUGAGUUGUGUAAUGAUAUUGUAACUUGAUUGUGUAAAAUACUAUACUUGUUGUCUAUUGUAUAGAACAAAAAACCAUUGCAAAAUUAUGUUAAUCUAAUGAUUUAGGUCAUAUGUA